AUGUAUAGGAGGAAACUAGACCGAAGUCUUCAAGCCAUUCAAGAUUGCCACUCCGCCGUCCGUGAUAAGGGUGCUCCCCGCAUCACUACUGGUAAUCGCAUUGGCACUCGAGUUGAUCGCGAGGCUCCAGGCAUAGGCAAUGUCAACAAACUAACCCAUGUACAAGAUAUACUUUGGCAACACGCGUAUAUAACAGGACAAUGCGGUCGAACAGUCAGAUUAAACAAUCAACGUGAAUAG